AUCGCAGCGGCAUUUAUCUAUAUUGCCAAUCGUAUUGAAUUUGGAGUUUCCUCUUCACCGUACUCUCUUUAUAAUCUCGCUGAUCCUCUCUGUUCCUUACUCUUCGCUGUGGUAACACUUAAUAUGACUCGUCCACUCAUUUCUGAUUUAUUGGGAAUUCUUAUGGAGAGUACACCACCCGGUGUGGACUACAACGCAUUGAAUAAUGCCCUUCUCAGUAUUGAUGGAGUUGUGAGUGUGCAUGAUUUACAUGUUUGGUCUCUCUCUGCAGAUUACACCGCCCUCUCUGUACAUCUCGUAGCGGAUAAUGCGGAAUUGGCCCUACGUAAAGCCCAAUACGUCUGUGAA